AUGAAAAGGGAACAACAUCUCAAGGUAGCGUUAAAAGCAUUUUCAAUCCGACUAAGAGCGGGAUUGAGAAUAAAGGGCCUCAAAGACACAACACAUGGUUCAUCUGGAGAGACAUUUUUAUGUUCUCUACCUUCAUCUAAUCUGACUAACCCAAUCAUAUUUGGAAAUCCGGAAGUGCUUGUCAAUACAUACACGCUGGAUAAAAAGAUAUUUUAUCACGAGGACAAACUAAGUACAUGGUUUCCGAAAGUAAUAUCAGGAACAUCGUCUUACUAUCAAAUGGCACCAACAAUUGACAAUCCUUUCGCUAAAUGGCUUCGUGAAUAUUCCAAGGUUCCAAAUACUGAGCUACCAGCUUUUGGAGAAGACGUUGAAAGACUUUUCGUAGGAGGGAAAGUUGAUGUGAAAAUGGGAAAUAUAAUUAUUGAAAUUGAUAAAAAGAAAUUUAUUUCUGCUGAUAAAUAUUUAUCUGAGGUUACAGCAACCCUUGUUAAUACCUCGUCCAAACCUCUAUCAGAUUCCAUUAAUCAUUUAAGCCAAAUUGACCCAGGUUAUUCCAAGUACGUGAACAAUAUUCAGUUAGAUGUAACGUUAGAAGGACAAAUUGUGUCUUUGUUUUAA